GAAAUAAAUGACACAAAAUAAUACUUUCCAAAAUUGCCAAACAUCGCGCAUUUAUUCGGCUGGAUUUAUUUCCAAUCCUUAUACUUCUUUCCGCUCUUGUUGUCUCAGCUUUAACAUAAAAGAUCAUGUCCAACUUUGCGGUGUUAUCAGCCUUUCAUUGUUUUUUUGUCUUGUUAUUAUUUCACUUUUGAUUUUUGGGGCUCUCUCAAUGUUUUAUAUAAUUUGGGGUGCUAUUGUUUAUAGCCUUUUAAUGAAAAGUAUUUUUAGAGUUAAUGAAAAGAAAUAUGUGGUUGUCUAUUUAAUAUUUGAGAUCCUCCAAAUUGCUUUUUAUUUUGCCUUAAUUUCUUAUAUUUUGUUACCUUUGGUAUUAUUCCAAGUUCCAAAUCAACGCUGCGAGCCUUACUCUAGAUUUUACAAUGGAACACUUGAAACAGGCGAAAUAUGUAGAAGGACAGCGAUUGUUGAAGAUUAUAUAGAACUUCUUUUAUUUUUAUUUCUUUUGUCUAUGGCCAAAUUUUAUUUUGUCCGUGUUUUUUCUCAGUAUUACAAAUAUUUGGUUUGGAAUGAAAAAAUAAAUAUUCAUUCGGCACAUUAUUUUAAUGGAAGUGGUGUGCAUAUUUCUGCAAUGCAACAAAAUGUUUUUCAACCACCGCCUCCAUUUUGGCAAACUCCUCCACCUUCUACCACCACACAAAAUAUAACAAAUGGUUUUGUAUUAAUUUUUUGA